UAGGUGGGGCUUUGGGUUGUCCUGAAUAACUCGAAGUGGACUAACUGAGACUUUACAGUUCACACACCGAGUGGAUUUGUCUUUGUCCCACGCGCAUAACGGGCUUCGUGACACCAGAAAGACGCAGGCGCACUUCAGGACGCAGUCAUGUAUCUGUACCUCUUGGCACUGCUGGUUCUGUAUUACCUGUACCGCUGGGUCAGAGAACUACCCACGGUCCCAGACAAGGGCAACAAGUAUGUGUACAUCACAGGCUGUGACACUGGAUUUGGGAACCUCCUGGCUCGACAUCUGGACAAAAAAGGGUUCAGAGUGAUCGCAGGGUGCUUUACUGAAAAAGGAGAGGAGGAACUUAAAAAGUCUUGCUCCAGCAAAAUGAUCACGACACACUUAGAUGUUACAUCUAAAGAAAGUGUUGCCAAAGUUUCUGCAAUGAUUAAGGAGAAAGUAGGGGAAAGUGGCUUAUGGGCUGUGGUGAACAAUGCAGGAGUGUCUGUUCCCACCGCACCAUGUGAUUGGCUCACCAUUGAUGACUACGUUUUCAUGCUGAAUGUGAACCUGAACGGGGUCAUCGCCGUGACCCUGAGCGUCCUGCCGCUUAUUAAGAAGGCGAGGGGAAGGGUGGUCAAUGUCGCCAGUGUGUUUGGAAGAGUCAGUCCCACAGGAGGCCCGUACUGUGUCUCUAAGUACGGCGUGGAAGGUUUUAACGACAGCCUCAGGUUGAAUAUGAUGCCUUUUGGUGUCAAAGUCCUUUGCAUUGAGCCAGGCUUCUUCAAAACCAACGUGACUGACACUGGUAUCCUGAGCAAAAACGUCAAGAUGCUAUGGGACAAACUGCCCAAGGAUGUGAAAGAUGACUAUGGACCAGAGUAUCUUCCAAAGUCACUGGACGUAAUAGCAAAUAAGGUUGCGAAGAUCAGUGAUGGAGAUCUGAUGAAGGUGGUCCGCUGUAUGGAGCACGCCAUAUCUGCUGUCCGGCCUCGUACCCGCUACUCCGCAGGCUGGGAUGCCAAGUUUUUCUGGCUGCCACUGUCAUACAUGCCAUCAUGUGUCUCUGAUUACCUUCUGAGUAAAGAGUCUAUUCCAAUAGCAAAACAAUUGGAAUAAAGUGUGUUUCUCUAUACGUCAAUCUGUGCACAUUUCAUUUCCUGUAUCUGUUCAUAUAAUGCAUGCCCACCAGUAUGACUGUACUGCUGCUGAUUUCAUAUGCAGUUUUGGAUAGAAAGCAUUUUAUCUGGAAAACAAUUACACAUUACCCUUGUGAAAUAAACCAUG